GAAAAGCAGCAACAGUUACUGAUGGUCCCAGUAAAGGAUUAACUAUCGAAAAGUGUGUCUUGAGAAACGGCAGGGAAGAGAAGGAGAACUAAUAGAAAAGAGAGAGGGAAAAGAAAAAAAGAAGGAAAUAAGAAUGCUGAUUGUUUUCAUUUUUUCCUAUUAGUUUGAAAUGUCGUCAGAUUUUGUGAAACAGUGCAACAACAUGGAUAAGAACACGAGCGACAUGAAAUCAAAUCCCAAAGAGAGCGCAAAUGUCUUCAGUGUUCUAUUCUUCUGGUGGAUGCGAGAAUUAUUUAUGACAGGCUCCAAGCGUGAUUUAGAGGAAUCUGACAUUUAUCGACCAAUCAAAGAAGAUGAAUCCCAAAAAAUAACUGAUCAUCUUGAAAAGUAUUGGAAUCGCGAGCUGGAUAAACUGAAGAAUUUGGAAUAUACCUUAGGCAAAGACGGGCAGAAAGUGCCACUAAAAAAGAAUGUUCGUCCAAGAUUGUACAAAGCGAUCUUCAAAGUUUUUUGGUUGCCUUAUAUGAUAAUCGGGAUCUGCGUAUUUAUUCAAUGCAGUGUAGUACGCGUAGCAAUACCGAUCAUUCAAAGUUGGAUUGUUAACUACUUCUCCAGAAAUUCCAACUUGAAGUACAAGAUAGAGAAAAACGAGGUGCUGAUCUAUGUCGUUUUUAUGGUCAUCUGCAGUUUCAUCUCCGUUCUUAUGAUGCAUCAUACGAUACUGCAAUCGCUACACAUCGGCAUGAGAAUCCGCAUCUGCUGUAGCUCUCUCCUCUAUCGGAAGUUAUUACGGUUGAAUAGAGCAUCUAUGAAUCAAACCGGUACCGGACAGAUCAUGAAUCUUCUCAGCAAUGACGUCAAUCGCUUCGAUCAACUAACGACGUUCCUGAAUUACAUAUGGAUUAUGCCUUUUCAGAUCAUAAUCAUGGGAACAAUAAUGUGGCAAAAAAUCGGUAUUUCGGUUCUUGUCGGUAUUGGAUCGCUAUUGAUUAUCGCAUUAGUAGUACAAGGAACCUUCAGUUUGCUGAGCCGUAGAAUCAGAGCCAUGAUUGCGCCACUGACUGACCGAAGAAUACAGUUAAUGAGCGAACUUGUAGCUGGGAUACAGGUAGUGAAGAUGUACGCCUGGGAGAAACCGUUCAGCAAGAUUGUUUCAAUGACCAGAGAGCUAGAAAUUAAUAAGAUCAAAUUCUCGUCGUACGUGCGCGCAGCAUAUUUGGCCAUCAUAGUCUUCACCGAACGAUUAACUCUCUAUUUUGCCCUGAUAACGUUUGUCCUAAUGGGAAAUGAUCUGACUGCCGAUGUGACCUACGAAAUGUCGACAUAUUUCAACAUGCUUCAACUCACCACUGCAUUGUACUUUCCACAAGCGCUGAUAAUGCUGGGCGAAUCGAUGGUGUCUCUGAAUCGAUUGGAGGACUUUCUGCUGAUGGACGAAGUGAACAUUGAUCGCUCGGAAAAAACAUCGCAGUUUAAAUCUCAGAAAUCAAACGAAUCGACUAAUGAGACAGAGAAUGAAAUAGAUAGAUACAUCUCGAGAAAUGGAAGUAUCAGUCUUUCCGAAUUUCAAAGAUUACCUGACGUUCCGGUCUACGUGAAGCUUCAGCGUGUUUCUGCCAAUUGGAUCAGUGGUCAAUUGCCGCCGACUUUAUGCAACAUCAGCUUAACCAUUAAGCCAGGUCAGUUAUGUGCUAUGGUUGGCGCCGUAGGUUCCGGAAAAUCGUCACUGUUACAUCUGUUACUGAAGGAAUUGAAUCCCGGAGCGGGUUCAGUGAUUCUCACCCAGGAUUCUUCGAAGAAUUUUGAGAGCAAUUUGUCCAAUGGUUAUUUCACGAACAAUCCAAAUCUGCGCAUCUCCUAUGCUAGUCAAGAACCCUGGCUUUUUGGGGGUACAGUGAGAGACAAUAUACUCUUUGGCCAGCCCUAUGACAAGGCCAGAUACAUGCAGGUGACGAAUGUGUGCGCUUUGACGAAGGAUUUCCAACAGUUUCCACAGGGAGACAUGACAUUGGUCGGCGAUAGAGGUGUAUCCUUGUCUGGAGGCCAAAGAGCACGAAUCAAUCUCGCAAGGGCGGUUUACAGACAGGCGGAUCUCUAUUUGUUCGACGAUCCUUUGAGCGCGGUGGAUACUCGCGUUGCUAAGCAUCUCUACGGAAAGUGCAUCACUGAGUAUCUUCAUGGUAAAACGAGAAUACUCGUCACUCAUCAAUUGCAAUUUCUCAAACGGGCAGAUCACAUCGUCAUGUUGGAUCGAGGUUUCGUGAAGAUGCAAGGAAGCUAUAAUGAAAUAGUAAAAUCAAAUAAAAACUUCAUUGGAAUGAUGGACAAUUUCAAUCAUGAAGCGCAAAGAAAAGAAAAUGAAAUGAGAAGAGCUUCGGAAAUGUCCAGGAGAAUCACAAUAACGAGACGAGCCUCGAAACUGUCGAUUGCAAGUUCCAUUAUUCACUCGGAGAUUGAUGACUCGGAUUAUGUGGAAAACAACCCGGAAGCCGAGAUGAUGGCACAUGGUCGAAUAUCGGGCAAAGUAUACAAGGAAUAUCUGCAUCAAGGCGGCAACUAUUUCAUGCUAUUUAUACUACUGCUGCUCUUCAUCAUCGGUCAGAUCGCCACUACCGGGAAUGAUUAUUGGCUUUCAUACUGGACCACCUUGGAGGAUGUCAGACGUAUUGGAAACACUAACGACACACAAUUCGCGAAUAUGUAUAACAAUAGCUUUCUUGGGUCGAUCUUCACGCUAAACCCGGAUGGUCUCCUCGGCACUAUGGAUGCCAUAUACGUAUACACAUUCUGCAUCAUCGCCUGCACCGUUACCACGCUAUUGCGCAGCUUUCUUUUCAUGAAGAUCUGCAUGAACUCGAGUUGCAACCUCCACAAUACUAUGUUUUCCAAUCUGCUACGAGCGCGCAUGUCCUUCUUUCAUACUAAUCCUUCGGGGAGAAUUUUAAACAGAUUUUCGAAGGAUAUAGGUAUUAUGGAUGAGUUGCUACCUAAAGUGAUAUUGGAGGCUCUCCAGGGAUGUUGCGUAGUGUGUGGUAUAAUGAUCAUGGAAGCGAUACUCGUUCAAUGGAUGCUGAUAUUUAUAACGAUAGUGAUAGUCUUAUUCUUUUUCAUGACGAAAUUCUGUUUGAAGAUCAUUCAGGAUGUCAAACGUCUCGAAGGCGUAACGAAGAGUCCGAUGUUCUCGCAUGUGAACGCCACAUUGAAUGGAUUGCCGACUAUCAGAAGCAGCGGCGUCGGAAUCGAGAAGAUGAUGCGAAAACAGUUCGAUGUGUUACAAGACCGUCACAGUGGCACAUGGUUUCUCUUCUUAACAUGCUCAACGGCCUUUGGUGUUUUUACGGAUUUAAUUAUAUGUCUGUUUUUAGCUUGUCUUUGCUUUUCUCUAAUAUUGGUAAAUGAAAAUGGUACUAUAGCUGACAGCCAAGCAGGUCUGGCAAUAUCACAAUCGUUGAUUCUGAUCGGUUGCUUGCAAUAUAGCAUAAAACAAACCACUGAGACAAUGUCACUGAUGACUUCCGUGGAAAGGAUUUUCCAAUAUACAAAUCUUCCCAAGGAAGAACCUAUUACCUCAGAUAAUCCACCACCACCUACAUGGCCAUCCCAAGGACAAUUGAUCUUGAAGGAUGUCAACAUGAAAUAUCAUAUGGAUGAUCCACCAGUUUUGAAGAAUCUGAAUGUAUCCAUCGAGCCUGGCUGGAAAGUUGGGGUGGUUGGACGAACUGGCGCCGGCAAGUCUUCCUUGAUCUCGGCGCUUUUCCGCUUAUUCAAUGAAGGUCUUGAAGGUGAGAUCAAGAUCGAUGGUCGGGACACAAGAACGGUGGGCUUGAGUGAACUGCGCUGCAAGAUCUCCAUUAUACCACAGGAACCUGUGCUCUUUUCCGAGAGUCUACGUUACAAUCUGGAUCCAUUUAAUCGAUACGAUGACAUGAAGCUGUGGGAAGUCUUGCGGCAAGUCGAGCUGAAUGAUGUCGCGCUGGACCACGAUAUCUUUUAUGGAGGUCACAACUUCAGCGUCGGCCAGAGACAACUUAUAUGCUUGGCUAGGGCUAUUCUAAGGAACAAUCGUUUGCUCGUUCUUGAUGAAGCCACAGCCAACAUUGAUUCGCAUACCGAUGCCUUAAUUCAAGAUACCAUAAGAAGCAAUUUUAAAGAAUGCACCGUCAUUACGAUAGCACAUCGUUUGAAUACGAUUAUAGACAGUGAUCGGAUUAUCGUAAUGGAAAAUGGAUCUAUCGUGGAAUUCGGUUGCCCGUAUGAGCUAUUACACAACAAACCGAACGGCUACUUUUCACAAAUGGUAGAGAAGACGGGCACUCAGAUGGCGGAAAGUCUUUUGGAACAGGCAAAGAAGGCUUGCGAGAAGAAUAAUGAUCAUCAUGAAUUAAACUUAUUGGCACAAAAUUUCGCGAACGAGAGCGAUACUACAAUCAUAGAACAGUCUGCUUUAUAGUUUUUCUACCAAGAAAAUCUUAUAUAAAAAGAAUAGGAUCUAGCAGAAAAAUCUGUCGUUUUUAUAAGAACUGUAUUCGAUCGAUGAUGAUAGGGAUCACUUUCUCACUGCUGAGGGGAUUCAACAGUUUAUAUAUAACUUUCAUUUUAAAGUAACUAUACAUAUA